AUGGUCCUAAGAAUCCGACUCGCCCGCUUCGGCAAGAAGCACGCUCCCUUCUACAACAUAGUCGUCGCACACGCACGGACAGCGCGUAACUCCCGCCCUCUAGAAGUCCUCGGAACGUACGACCCAAAGCCACAACCCCCACGACCAGGCGACACACACGGCCGGCCAUGGAAAGACAUCAAGCUCGAUUUAUCGCGCGCGCGGUAUUGGGUCGGUGUAGGCGCUCAACCUAGCGACACGGCGUGGCGGUUACUGAGCAUGGUGGGCAUACUGGAGCCGCAGUACCGGGUGGGCAAGAUCGCGGGGAUGGUGGUUAAGAGCGGGAGUGCGGCGAAGUCAUUGAUAAAAGAGCAAAACACGGCGGAGGCGGAACCGAAGGUUGUGGUCGAGAACAUGGAGGGUGGGACUACGGAGACUGCUGCGUAA